AUGGGAAAGCGAAAAGGAAAAUGUGUCAAAAAGAAUGCAGCAACUAAAGAGGCUUUAGAACCUGAACAUUUAGUGAAAGCGCCCCAUUCGUUUGUUAUUCAUAGAGGAAAAUGUACAAAAGACCUAGAAGAUUUGACGAAGGAUUUUAGGAAGAUAAUGGAGCCGUUUACUGCUUCUCAGCUAAAGGAAAGAAAGAAAAACACAAUUAAAGAUUUCUUGUCUGUAUCAGGUUACCUUCAUGUCUCACACAUGAUGGUAUUCACAGAGACAGAGUUAGGUUCCUACAUGCGUCUAGCAAGAUUACCCCGAGGGCCUACAUUAACUUUUAGGAUACACAAUUAUAGUUUAUCCCGUGAUGUUAUAUCAUCGUUAAAGAAGCAGUAUGUUAUGUCACGUGCAUUCAAAAGUGCACCCCUAAUUGUUCUAAACAGUUUCUCUGGCGAGGGAAAUCACAUGAAGCUAAUGGCAACUAUGUUCCAGAAUAUGUUUCCAACUAUUAACAUAACAACGGUUAAACUGAAGAACAUCCGUCGCUGCGUUUUAAUGAACUAUAACCCGGCCACGAAACUUAUAGAUAUGCGCCACUACGUCAUCCGUGCAAUACCAGUUGGUCUAAACAAGGGAACUAAAAAGAUGGUGCAAGGCAAAAUACCUAACCUAAAUAGAUGUAAGGAUAUGUCGGAAUUCUUUGAUAAGGCAGCGUUGCUAUCGGAGAGCGAGUUCGAAGACGACCCGAGCUCGCAGGUGCUGCUGCCGCAGAAGCUCGCCUCGAGGGGCGCCGCCGCCGAUUCCAGGUCCGCCAUACGCCUGGUGGAACUGGGUCCGAGGAUCACCAUGCAGCUUAUGAAGGUAGAGGAUGGCCUCAUGGAUGGAGAGGUGCUGUUCCACGAGCUUAUAGAAAAGACGGAAGAAGAGAAGGCGUAUAUAAAGAAGAAGCGAGAAGAGAAAAGACGUCUGAAAGAAAAACGCAAAGCGCAACAGGAGGCUAACGUCAAACGUAAAGAGCAUGAGAAGGAGGAGCUCAAGCAGAAGGCGCUAGAAGGUAUCAAGAAGAAGAAGGAAAUUACGGAGAAUCAGAGGUUAAUGGAGCUGGCGGCGGCCGAAUCGCAGGACGCGCAGGAGAUGGAACAGGACGAGGACGACGCGGACUAUUACAGGCAGGAAGUGGGAGCAGAGCCCGAACAUGACCUCUUCAGCAAAAACCCAGCAAGAAAACGCAAAAGCGGCGACGAGCCUGCGCGAGGCUUUAAAAAAAUGAGACUGGACAAAAAAUUGCAGAAAAAAUACAAUCACAAACAAGAAGACACUUCAAAGAAAACAAAACAAGGCAAAAGAAGGUUCGAGAGAAAUGAAGACGAUAAGAGUAACUUUAGAAAAAAUCGAGAUGGUAAGAAGAGGUUUACUAAACACGAAGAUACAAAUAAGCAGCGAAGAGGCAAAAAAGUAUUUGGUGGGAAAAUUAACAAAUUUGGCAAAAUGGGACAGAAGAGAGAAAAUCAUAUGGGCAAAGGCAAGGGGAAGAAUAAAAAG